CACGCACCAUCGCGCCGGCUCCCACACGCUCGCGCGCCUCCCGCUGCGCGCCUCCCGCUCCGCGCGUCUGUGUCGGCCGGCGGCGUCCGGGGCCCGCGGAGGCACAAUGUCCACUGCCUCUUCCUCCUCCAGUUCCUCUCAGACCUCUCAUCCCCCGCCGCAGAGGAUGCGGCGCAGCGCCGCGGGCUCCCCGCCUGCCCUCGCUGCCGCCGGGAGCGGGAACGGUGCGGGCGGCGGCGGCGUGGGCUGCGUCCCGGCUGGGGGAGCCGGCCGGCUGCUGCAGCCCAUCCGCGCCACGGUGCCCUACCAGCUCCUGCGGGGCAGCCAGCACAGUCCCACGCGCCCGCCCGCCGCCGCCGCUUCGCUGGGCAGCCUCCCGGGGCCCGGUGCGGCCCGCGGCCCCAGCCCGCCCAGCCCGACGCCGCAGCCGGCCGCGCUCCCGGCCGAGCAGGCGCCGCGGGCCAAGGGCCGCCCGAGACGGUCCCCCGAGAGCCGCCGGAGGAGCAGCUCACCUGAGAGACGGAGCCCCGGCUCGCCUGUGUGCAGAGUGGACAGGCCAAAAUCUCAGCAAGUUCGAACCUCUAGUACAAUAAGGCGAACCUCUUCUUUGGAUACGAUAACAGGACCUUACCUCACAGGACAGUGGCCACGGGAUCCUCAUGUCCACUACCCUUCAUGCAUGAAAGAUAAAGCUACUCAGACACCUAGCUGUUGGGCAGAAGAGGGAGCAGAAAAAAGGUCACAUCAGCGUUCUGCAUCAUGGGGGAGUGCUGAUCAACUAAAAGAGCAGAUUGCCAAACUCAGGCAGCAACUACAACGCAGUAAACAGAGUAAUCGUCACAGUAAGGAGAAAGAUCGGCAGUCACCUCUCCAUGGCAACCAUAUAGCAGUCAGUCACACUCAGGCUACUGGAUCAAGAUCGGUCCCUAUGCCACUGUCAAAUAUAUCAGUGCCAAAAUCAUCUGUUUCACGUGUACCCUGCAAUGUAGAAGGAAUAAGUCCUGAAUUAGAAAAGGUGUUCAUUAAAGAAAAUAAUGGGAAGGAAGAAGUGACCAAGCCUUUGGACAUACCAGAUGGCCGGAGGGCUCCCCUCCCCGCCCACUACCGGAGCAGUAGUACUCGCAGCAUCGACACUCAGACCCCCUCUGUCCAGGAGCGCAGCAGCAGCUGCAGCAGCCAUUCGCCCUGUGUCUCCCCCUUCUGUCCCCCGGAAUCCCAGGAUGGCAGCCCUUGCUCAACUGAAGAUUUGCUCUAUGAUCGUGAUAAAGACAGUGGGAGUAGCUCACCGUUACCCAAGUAUGCUUCAUCUCCCAAACCAAACAACAGCUACAUGUUCAAACGGGAGCCCCCAGAGGGAUGUGAGCGAGUGAAGGUCUUUGAGGAAAUGGCGUCUCGUCAGCCUAUCUCAGCCCCUCUCUUUUCAUGUCCUGACAAAAACAAGGUUAAUUUCAUCCCAACCGGAUCAGCUUUCUGUCCUGUGAAACUUCUAGGCCCUCUCUUACCUGCCUCUGACCUGAUGCUCAAGAACUCUCCUAACUCUGGCCAGAGCUCAGCUCUGUCCACUCUGACCGUUGAGCAGCUCUCAUCCCGGGUUUCCUUUGCAUCUCUCUCCAAUGACACCAGCACAGUGGGUCCCACAGAGGCCUCUACCCAACAGCCAUCCCAGCAGCAGCAACAGCUUCUGCAGGAACUACAGGCUGAAGAGCACGUCUCUGCUCAGAACUAUGUGAUCAUCUAAAGCAAAGGGGGAGCCGGCCUCUACCCUGUGUUCCAUGGAUUAGGAACUAGAUCUCAGACAUCUACCUGCAUGGAGUGAUAAACUUUUCUGAACAGCACCACCACCAACAAAAUACUUAUCAGCAUCAUAAAAUAUCUCUUAACUCUGAUCUUGGCAGGGACGGAACUCCUAUUCAGCAGUUUUUGUGGAAAGCGGUAAUGCUUGCAAAAUACGUGUCAUUCAGCAUUGUAAGUGGAGACUAUGCAUUUCAUAGUAUGUUUGACAGAUUAGUACUGUGUCCUGUAUUUUGUUCCAAAUUCUUCAGUAUAAAUAAGCUCUAUAUCAAAAGGUUGCCUGUCUCUCUAGAAAAUGUCUUGCUGUGUUUUGUCCUAUGGAAAAUACUGUACUUCAGGAUUAUGUUUACAAUUGAUCCAGGUGUUUGUUUCUAACUUCUAUAAUACAUACAAUGCAAAAAAAAAAAAAAACAAAAAAACAAAAAAAAUGGCCACAACAGUUGCACAGUGCCCACCCUUAUGGCCUAGCUUCAGGUACUUCAGUUGAAGUCUAAACUCAGGUAACUUGGAAUGUAUAUCAUAUUGGGAUAUUAAAUAUUUCACAGCUAAAAAGCUAAAGAGGGAACAUCACUCUUUUGCCUUUUUUAUGUUUUGCAUUUCCCUUUCCUCAUUACAUUCCACAUUUUUGGAAUAAGAAGUGCAUUCAACCCUAGGAGAACGAUAAUCCUGGACACGGGUGAACAUGAGGAGAACCAGCAAAUCUGUGGUGUCUGACAUCACUUUUGUCACGUGGUUACAAGUAAAACAACUGUUGCAUUCACUGUUUCAACAUUUUUAAAUGUGGCUUUUUUAGAAGUUCAGGUGUUGCUGAGACUGUUAAAGUGUUGCAAAUAAAGUGUUCAGUACUAGGCUGUACAUAAACAUUCCACAUUGUGUGUAAUGAAAUUUAAAGACAAUGUCUAGGUUUAAUUUCAGAACAAUUGAAGUUUCACAGGGAUGAUUGAGGUCGUUUUGUUUUGCUUUUUGUUGGCUGUUGGGGUCAUGAAAUGUUACCAUUUUAGCUUAAGGCAUAUUAAUGUUUAGUUUCUCUUUUGGAAAUUCUUUAAUUUGCAGUUUAAAAGAAUGACACACUCCAGCAGUUUAGGUGCAUGAGCUGUAUUCACCUGUAGACAAACAAUACUUGGGUCUCAAAAGUAAUGCAACGUUAAAUAAGCUGGCUAGUUGGUGACUUAACAAAGCAAUAGUUUGAAGUUUUUCCUAUAAGCCUCUCAAUAUCAUCAUGAGUAGUCUUAAGAUUUUUAACAUGCAGAGUAGAGCAUAAACCCAAGUUAAAUAGCCUUGAACUUGCAGACUUGACUUAAGUUCUCAACAGUGUAGAGAAAGUCCCAGAUAUUCCUGUUUGGUCGGUGGGAGAACCAACUUUCAGAUACACUGUUUCCUGCAACACAAAGAGCAUAUCCAAGUGCAAAAGGAAGCUUCUUUAAUUUUAUUCCAUUCCUUUCAGUUCAGUAAAACCUAGAAUUGUUUCAUUUGCACCUAAAGUGUAUGACACAAUUUUUUUUUAAGAAUUAGGGAAACAAGGUGCCUACAGUUACAGGAGCAUUUCAGCCCCUUUCAAUCAUUCCUAGGUUUUCAUUUUGUUUAUUUUCUAAGGAGGUUGAAGAAAUGUAAGACAAUAAAGAAGAAAGCAACACCGUUAAUUUUUUUUUAAAGAAACGGAUAUGUGUGUGUAUGUGUUUGUGUUUGUUUGUGUGUUUUCUGUGUAUUCUUUUGUCAUGAUCCCAAUUCUCUUCUUUCCACCAAAGUUUGCAGUAAUAUUCUCUCCUGAAGGUGCAUUCUGGCUCCUUUAAAUUAGUCAGUGUUAUAUUGUAGGAGACUGUCAUGGAGAAAAGGACUCAGUUUACUUUUGCCAUUUUCACAGGGGAACCUUUUAAACAAUCUUUUCAGCAGCAUAUACCUUUAACCCUAAUAAUCUCAGGCCUUGAUGAAAAUACUAUAUUUUGUAGAUUAUGGUUAAAGGGAGAAAAAAUACUAGUUCCGUAAGAUAAAUAUGAGCUCCGUUUAACUUCUGAUCUCUGGUUUAGCAUUACAUAAUGUGUUGAUCUUGUGCUCUGCUUUUGUCCAAAUAAGAUGCAAAUAGUACCAAUAUCAAUUUCAGAAAGAAGGACUGAAUAUGCUUUUUUGGUGAUGAAAUCUGAUGUACGGUAUUUAUAGUGAUGUGCUUUUUUUCUCAUGAGAAACUGAAUAUUAAUUGUGUUGUACAUUUGUUCUUAGCAUAUAUUGAAGUUUUGAACCAAAUGUGUUAAAGCUUAUGCUUUGCUGUGUAAAUUUCACAGAAGUUGUUGAGCUCAAAUAUAUCCUACAUCCAGCUGUAGAAAUUUGUCAAAAGUUGUUUAAAUUUUGUAUAUAGUUGUACUGUUUAAUUAUAGCCACUGUGCUGAACAGUAUUCGAGUUACCAUACAAUAUGGCUUUACACAAGGAAAUGUGUGGCUUUUGUUUUGUAUUUUUUCAGUAUAGAAGUACCUGUGUCUUAUUUAAAUAAAGUUAUUAGUAAAACUGGAA